UUGAGAAAAUCUAAAAAUGUCUCAAGUGCGAUAUGAUGGAUACUCUGAGCCUCGUUCUUCAAAGGUGCCAAUAUUCAGUCUGGCGGCUAGAGUGGCAACCUUUGCUUCUCUCGUAGUAACGGUUGUGAUUCUUCAAACUAACAAAGUUACCCUCAAUACUGGAUUCAGACUCACUUACUCCAGCCUCUUCCACUCUUACAGGUACAUGUUUUACGUUUCGAUAUUGGGAUUGGUGUACACUGUGAUGCAAAUUCCUCUUGCUGUUUACUACUUAAGGGCCAGAAAGCGUCUUAUAGAGCGCUACAGCUUGCUGUAUAUAGAUUUUUAUGGUGACAAGAUCAUGUCGCUGCUGCUAGGAGCAGGAGUUGGUGCAGCAUUUGGGGCAACCAGAGACCUAAACAAGGCAUACGAGGAAAGCAACGUGCCUAAGAUCCAUGACUUCUUUGAUCUAAGUUAUGUCGCAGCAGUAUUCAUCCUCAUUGGAUGUUUAGGUUCUGCAAUUUCUUCAAUCUUUUCAUCUUUAGCCCUGUCUAAGGGUGAAUAGUCACGAAGAAGAAGCAAUAGCAAUACGACAAGUACUUUUUGUGGUUCUCUUUCAAUUUGCCAUCUCUUAUUUGUUUGGUAGAACGUUCAACACAAAAUAAAGGGUCAUUUUUACUCGCC